CCUACGUAAAUGCCCCGGAAGUAUAAUCAGCCGUUUCAACAACAAAUCGUGAUCAUGGGGGUAAACGAGAAUAUUCUGUACAUAAGGGAAAAUUUUUCAAAAAAAUAUGCAGAGAACAUUGCAAAAGGCGAUUAUGAUGCCCGAGAUCUACAAAGGCUACAAAAUGAUACAGAGUUCGCAUGUACAUAUAUCAGAGGUGAUCACAGACUAGAUGAAGGUGUUGACCUCCUGCACUCCUCUUUCAAGUUUCGAAAUGAAAUGAAAAUAAAUGACUUGACUGAGGCAGAUUUCGGGAAAGAUGUUAUUGAUCUUGGUGGUCUGUAUUUCCACAAGAAGGAUAAGCAAGGCCAUCGUAUCUUAUGGUUGAAAGUCAAAGUUCAUAAGAAAGAUGCUUCAGCUGAAUUUCUGACUGUGGAGAAGAAAGGCAUUGCUUUUGUUGUGGAAAAAGCCUUCUAUAACAACCCUUUCUCCCAGGUGGUUGUUCUGUUGGACAUGACAAAUUGCGGCCUUGUGAAUAUGGACAUAGAUUUUGUACAGUACAUCAUCUCUCUCUUCAAGUUUUACUAUCCAACAUUCCUAGCCUAUAUACUAAUUUACGACAUGCCUUGGAUUUUUAAUGCUGCUUGGAGAGUGAUCAAAAGCUGGUUGAAUGCAGAGGCUGUUGCUAAGAUCAAGUUUGUCACCAAAUCAGAUAUACAGAAUUAUAUAAGCCCUGAAGAUUUGCCACCAUACAUGGGAGGAACUGACACCUUCCAGUUUGUCUAUGUGCCAGGAAUGUCUGAUCAUUCUCCUUACCCUGAAGAUAAAACAUACAAAAAGCAGGUACAUUUUCUUGAAGCCCAGGAAGACACAAGAUCUAUUGACCUGUCUUUAACGAAAGUCGAAAGUGAGCCUGACCUCUCACUUGACCACAACUAUAACAAACCAGUUCUUAGGCAUCGGUCUGCUGGGAAUCGAAACAAUAAUUCCAGUGAUGUCAGGCGCCAACAAUCAUUAAACAGAUCACAUUCUUUCACAUCACCUUCGACCUUUGCAGGAUCUCUGUUAACAGUGAGCCCCGCUGAAGAAUUGGUCUUUCAAGUGGGAGAUGGCGGAGACUCAUUUGACAUGAUUUCUUUAACUAAUUCUUUGCCAGUACCAGUUGCCUUUAAAGUCAAAACAACAGCACCAGAAAAAUUUCGAGUUCGACCAAGUGCUGGAAUAAUAAAACCAGAUAAGAAAGAAGAGGUCUAUGUUUAUCUUGUGCCUGAUUUUAAUGCAGACGUUGCCAAAGACAAGUUCCUGGUCAUGGCUAUGGAGACAACAGUCACUAAUGUUGCUGAUCCCAAUGCUCUCUUCAAGGAUGCCCCCAGAGACAAGAUUAUGCAACACAAGAUGAGGUGUACCACUGUAAGUUCCAGAGAUAAAAGAGUAACUUCCCCUGAUGAAAACUUGGCUUCGAAGGAAAAGCUAAGGUCAAUGAUAUCAUCACCCAGCAUGGGGAAAAAGUUUAUGAGUAACACUGGCUCUCCAGCUGUUAGGGAUACUUAUCAGUCACAACCAUCUCGUACUGGUCAAAAAAAGGCAGAUGGUGGAGAGGAUUUAGAUAGACAGGUGGAGCAGCUUGAGAAACAGACUAAAAGUUUACAAAUGCAGUUGCGGCUGUUGAUGUGUGUUCAGUUUGUGACAGCAGUUGCUCUGAUUCUGGUGAUGCUUGCCUACUCCUGUUAUGGGGAAGAACUGUUCAGCCGGUUUCUCGCUCUGCCUUUUGACUUUUGCAAUGACCCUUAUGGGCGUAAAUGUUGAUCCGAUAAACUUUUUACCCCAACACAGUUACAGUUCUCUUGGUAAACUAUGUAUGGUUUGCUGGUCUGUGAGUGACCAAGUACAACACACAUGUUUUUAUUUUAUACAUUAUUUUGUGUUUACUGACACCACCACCAUCAUUAUUCAACUGUUGACUCUGGAAUAAAGCCAACACAAAUAUCAUUAUCAAUGCUAUGUCAAUCUGAAUUGGGGGUCAAGCCAGUUUUUUUUUUCCUUCUUCUUAUGAUGAAUUUGUGUUCUUCACCUUGUUAAAAACAAAAGUUCACGUUUAUUAAAGCAGGCAUUAUAAUGAAGCUUUAACAUCCUGGCAAGGCUAACUGAUGAUCAUAAUUUUACUAUAUUUCUUAUUUUAAUAUAUAUUUGCUUCUAUUUUCUGGUUGAAGAAACAUGAAUUCAACACUAGUCAUCAUUGCACUUAAUGUUUAAUUUUCAUCACUUUUUUCAAUGAUGAAGUUGGCAAAUAAAAUUUGCCUAAUAGGCAAUGUAGGCUUGGUACUUUUUGUUCUAUAAAAAGUAAAAGAUUGUGAACUAAAUAAGAGGUUUUUAUUUAUGUAUUAAAUUGGGACAAGCAGGAGAAGAUUUUUUAUUUAAAAAUUUUCUUUUUAACAAAACCAUAAAACAUGUCUGUUGGGUUUUUUUUCUUUACCUAUAUCAUUUUUUAAAAUAACAUUUCUGGGUCAAUUUUUAUUUCUUAUAUAGUAUUUAUUGCUUUAUAAUUUGUCAACCUCUCGGAAGUAUUAUGUUUAGAAUUUUUGUGCAAUAUUCUCAUUAUCAUGCCUGUGUUAAAUAUUUCUAAAUUAUAAAUUCUGUCAUCAAAUUUCAAUGUGCCAUUCUAAUUUGUUCCCUUCCAAACCUACCAUGACAUUAUGCUUCUUUUAUUUCUAUAAAGAUUUUCUAAAGGAUUUUUUUUUUAUCCCUCACUGUACAUUGUAUGAGCUACAUACUUGUACAAUUAAGUUCAAGCACUCAACAUUAUAUACAUUGUUAUCUAUGAUAUGUCGUAGAUAAUGAGAGAGAACAUUAUUUAGGGUUAGGGUUAAGUGUUCCUAGUGUAUUGUUAAUAAAGAGAUCACUCGAACCAUGUAGUUCAAGCUUUCACAGCAUCUGUUGUGUUCUGUUCUUCUGUGUACAUUGUUUAUAUUGUUCUGACAUCUGAUUGUUUCAGAGAAACUCAACCUUUGUUUGAGCUGAUGGUAUAUUUUUGUGUUGGGGCUGUUGAACUGUGUCCUGCUGUUUCUGUAUUAAUUGUUGAUCUAGCUCCAACUGGCAACUUGUAGAGAAGGGUCGAUAGUGGAGCCAAGUUAUCUUCUCUAGAACAGUGAUACCCAAACUGCAGAAUGUCUGGCUCUAUUAUGUUUCCUGUACUAGUGAUUUGUUUGAUCCAACUAGAUUAUAAGAUAAUAAUACUUUAGUGUAAGAGUUGGACAUUAGAUGUAGAUGCGAAGAUCCAUAACAAGCUUAUUGUUUCAAAGCUUCCCUGUUAAAAAAUGCUCAAAUCGUUUUUCUAGCAUGUGAAAUUUCAUGUGUAUGAUGUAUCUGUGAAAAUAUCAUGUGAAAGUCUGUUCUCUGUGAAAUGUAACAGGGCAAUGGUAUGUAUGAUUGUUAGUGGUUGUCUUUGUCUAUAUUGACUAUCUGUGAGUUGAAUUAAGAUUCUUUGCAUUGUUUUCUAUGUUAUUUUGUGUUUUUUUUUUCUAUCUAAAUAAUGCUCAUGUAUGAAUUCCUGUUUUUUGUAUGUUGUCCUAGAGUUUAUUACUAAACACUAUGCUGAUAAUAAUAAACUUUUAAGCUCCGUUCAAAUCUGUUCCAUCAAUUAUUUUCAAGCCUGGAAAAAUAAAACAUUCCAUUUCAUGGCUGCAGCUAAUGCAUAAAAGAAAACAAGUUUUUGUGGAGUGUAUGUUGGAAUGGAAGUACACAUACAUUUCAUAAGUUUUACAUUGCCUUAAUUCAAGGAUCACUUGUCAUCUUUUUAGCCUUGUCUGUAAUAAUUAUAAACCUGCUUGUAUAUAAAACUCCAUCAUUGUUUCUUUCUGAGACUUUUUUUUUUUUUAAAACACUACAUUGUCUCAUUAUAACUAAAUAGUCACAUGUUUCUGUGAUUGUUUUUUUUACUUUCUUCUUUUCUAAUAUUUUAUCCGUUUUUUUUUUCUUCUUUUUUUUUUUUGGCUCCUACUUUUACAAAAGUUGGUUGGGGAAAGAACUUUUUUUUUUCUGUGUGGGGGAUGUUUUUGUUUGCUUAAUAGAAGCUCCGACUGUUUUGAAAUGAGCAUUUUAUUGUUUUGUUUUUAUAUACAUUAUUCUCUAUAGUAUGUCUUUCAAUGAGAAAGAAAUGGAUUUUUAGAUGUGAUUCUAUUCACUGUGUAGUGUGCCUAGUGUGUUUUCAAUGAACAGAUAACUCGCAUUCCUUCAAAAUAAAUCAUAGCAUUAAUAAGAACAUCAGUUCUGAAUGUAUAUAACAGAUGCUGACAUUUGUAUAUUUUAACCAUUGCUAAAUUGUCCUUCAAAAAAAACAACACAAAAAAAAAAUACUCUGUUGGAUAUCAAAAUCUGUUGAUAUAUUAAGUGAUGACUUCAACAGUUAUUUGAUUUGUUGAGUAAUGUGUGCAGUCAUAUUAUCUGUUAUAUAGUGAAACAUUAUGGGAUAAAAUGGCUAUUCCCAUCAAAACUGUGUUUGUUUUGUAAUGCUAAAUUUCUAGGGGUGAGUGGCUAUUUUCUGUUGUUAUAAAACUACAACAUGUGACCAGUUUUGUUUUUUAAAUAAUGUUUGAUGUGAUUGUCUGAUGCAGACAGUUCACAAAGCUCUUCAUGGCAGAUUUUAUGUGUGGAAUGUUUCAAUCAAAGUUGUAGAAAUAAAUUUUCAGUACAAAUUUCUGUGGUGGAUGAUAUAUUUUAGUGCUAGAAGCAGAUAUUCAAUGAUGCAACAUAUUUUUCUAAACUUUACAGGAGACAGUCAUCAAUAAAAAAAAGAAUAUAUCUAUAGCAUCAUUUUGUUGCCUUUAUUUUAUUAAUGAUAUAAUUGUUAUAAAAAAUUAUUUUGUUAAAUUCAUAUAUAUAUAUAUAUGUCUGUAUAACGUAACAAAAAUAUACAAUUGAAGCUAAUCCACAUUUUUUCAAGCUUUUCAUAGUUAUAGCUCUCUUCAUUUUAUGAGGAUUACAAAAUAGAAACUCUUAUUUUUUGUUUUCUUAUUCCAUGCUUCCUAAACACAUUUCUCUUAUUUUACUAUAGAUUAAACAUUUAUCUGCUUCUAGUAAAUCUUUAUCUAUCUCUAAUAAGGUGUGUAAUACUUAUUUAUUCAUAGGACUGAAACACUGCAUUCAUCCUUAAUCUUCGGAAUCGGAGACAAUGCGAUUAUCAAGAUUCUUAACAUAAGCACUUGAUCAAAUUAGAUCCCAUGCCCAAUCAUCUCAGAACUAUAAUCCAUAAGUUGGUUUGGUCAGGUCUAGUCAAAUCUCAGAAAAAUACAGCAGCCAUGUUAUGAGUAAAAACAAAAUCUUUAUUUCAGUGUAGUAGCAAAAAUAAUUGCAGCCUUAAACUUCUCAUAAUCCAACACAUUUAUGCAUAUUUCUAAACAGGUUGAUAUCUUUGUCUAAAUCCUGAAUUAAUAAUUAAUUAUAACAAAUAACAAAAAUUUCUUUAAAAGUUUAAGUACAUAUUAAAACAAUAAAACAUUCAAAAUCAUAGUGUAUUAGUAUUCUUUUUUUUAAUAAUUGAAUAAUUACAUAUUUGUUCCAUUUUUUUUGUAAUAACUAUAUUCCUUAAAUGACUGAUUACGUUGCUGCUCUAACAAAGAAAUACAUACAGUUAAAUAAGUCUAAAUGUCUGUAUACCUUGCAUUAGUUAAUGUUAAUAUUAUCUAUAGUCAUAUGUAAUAACAAAAAUAUAAGCAUGUUGUUUUUGAUUAUAAGGGAAUGUGGUUUAAUAUGUGUAUCAAAAAAGAACAGAAAACAUGAACAAAAAUACAACAAAUAAAUAAAUAGUAUCAGAAAGUUUUUGUUAAGAGAUUUUAGAGUUGGCAUGUAUUUAAACAAAAAUUCCUUAAACAUGCAAAUGGGAUGUUGUAUAACACAAAAGUAACUACUUUAGAACUUUUUUCAUAAUUAGUUCAUACAAUAUUAUGUCUUCUUUGUUCAUUGUAUAGAAGAAAUAUUUAAUUGAACAUGUU